AAAAUAAAAAACUCCAAAACCAAAUAGUUUUUUGCUAAUUAUGUCAAAUUUAUUUCUUAAAUCACUUGCCUUAUUUAUUAUUUUUAUUUCUUUAGAAAGUGUUAAAUCAGAGCUUAUAGUACACAAUAAUAGAGAAUUAUUGAGUAAUUGCAAUUUAUUUCAAGGCCAAUGGGUUAUUGACCCUUCAUUUCCUCUUUACCAAUCUUCAAAUUGCCCAUUUAUUGAUCCAGAGUUUGAUUGUCAAAAAUAUGGAAGACCUGAUAAAGAGUAUCUCAAAUAUGCUUGGAAGCCUAAUUCUUGCAACUUACCAAGAUUUGAUGGAAUUGAUUUUUUGAAAAGAUGGAAUGGAAAAAAAAUAAUGUUUGUUGGUGAUUCAUUGAGUUUAAACAUGUGGGAAUCUUUAGCUUGUAUGUUACAUUCAUCAGUGCCAAAUGCCACCACUUCUUUUACUAGAAAAUCAGUAACUUUUCAGGAUUAUGGAGUAACUUUAUUCCUUUAUAGAACCCCAUAUUUGGUAGAUAUAGUAAGAGAAAAAAUUGGAAGAGUGUUGAAAUUGGAUUCCAUACAACAAGGUGAUGCUUGGAAAGGAAUGGAUAUGUUGAUUUUCAACUCAUGGCAUUGGUGGACUCACAAGGGAAAAUCUCAAGGAUGGGACUAUAUGCAAGAAGGCACGAAAGUGUCAAAAGAUAUGGACCGUUUGAUAGCAUUUUACAAAGGCCUAACCACUUGGGCAAGAUGGGUUGAUCAAAAUGUUGAUUCAAAUAAAACCAAAGUCUUCUUCCAAGGCAUUUCUCCCACUCAUUAUAUGGGCAAAGAAUGGGGUUCAUCAACAAAGAAUUGCAAUUCAGAGCAAGUGCCAUUAUCAGGAUCAACAUAUCCAGGAGGAUUACCAUCAUCUACUAUUGUUGUUAACAAAGUGUUAAGUAGUAUUAAGACACAAGUUUAUCUACUUGACAUUACAUUUUUGUCACAAUUAAGGAAAGAUGCUCAUCCAUCAGCAUAUAGUGGACAACACCCUGGUAAUGAUUGUAGUCAUUGGUGUCUUCCUGGUCUACCAGACACUUGGAACCAACUUCUUUAUGCAUCAUUGGUUAUGUAAAGUUACAAUUUAACUUAUAUACACAACGGUAUAAAGUGACUUUGAUACUAUCAGGUCAACGAGAAGGAUAUGUA